CGGGCCGCGGGAUGCGGGGAGCGGGGCCGGGCGUGCGGGCCGCCCGCGGGGCGCGGAGCCGGUCUCUGCUGGUGCUGCUGCUGGCAGCGGCGGCCCUGUGGGCGCCGGCGGCCGCCGCCGAGCCCUGCGCCGCGCCCUGCUCCUGCCGCCGCGGCCUGCUGGACUGCAGCCGGCACCGACUGCCCGGCGGGCCGGGGCCGCGGAGGAUCCCGCCGUUGCCCGCCGGCACCACGAGCCUGGAUUUAAGUCACAAUCAUUUAUUGUCAUCCAACUGGAGCAUUGAUUUGUCUGUUCAUACACUACAAGAAGUGAAAAUGAAUUACAAUGAGCUAAGUGAAAUUCCAUAUUUUGGAGAAACAACUUCUAACAUAACUCUUCUCUCGCUGGUACACAAUACCAUCCCAGAAAUAAAUGCUGAGCAGCUCCAAGUUUACCUUUCACUGGAAAAUCUAGAUCUUAGUUCUAAUCUUAUCUCGGAAAUUAAAGCUGCUUCUUUUCCACGGAUGCAACUGAAAUACCUGAAUCUGAGUAACAACAGAAUAACUACCCUAGAAGCAGGCUGUCUUGAUAACUUAUCCAGCUCGCUGAUGGUGGUAAAGCUGAACAGAAAUAGGAUUAGUGUGAUUCCACCAAAGAUCUUCAAGUUGCCUCAUGUGCAGUUCCUGGAACUGAAAAGGAACCGGAUUAAAAUAGUGGAAAGUCUUACAUUCCAAGGACUGGAAUCCUUAAAAUCCUUGAAAAUGCAGCGCAAUGGGAUUAGCAGACUAAUGGAUGGAGCAUUCUUUGGCCUGGGUAAUAUAGAAGAAUUAGAACUGGAACAUAAUAACUUAACAGAAGUAAACAAGGGCUGGCUGUAUGGUCUGCGGACACUGCAACAACUCUACGUUAGCCAAAAUGCCAUUAACAGGAUCAGUCCAGAUGCAUGGGAGUUCUGCCAGAGACUUUCUGAGCUAGACUUGUCAUACAACCAGCUAACUCGCCUCAGGGAGUCUGCCUUUGUGGGACUUGGUUUUCUGGAGAAGCUAAACCUGGGUGACAAUCACAUUAGUCACAUUGCUGAUGGAGUUUUUAGAGGUCUGACGAAUCUUCGAACCUUGGAUUUGCGGAACAACGAGAUCUCCUGGGCCAUAGAAGAUGCAAAUGAAGCAUUUGUGGGGCUCGGCAGGCUGGCUAAACUGAUCUUGCAAGGAAACCAGAUUAAGUCAAUUACCAAAAAAGCAUUCUCUGGUCUUGAAGGACUUGAACAUCUAGAUCUAAGCAACAAUGCAGUAAUGUCCAUCCAAGAAAAUGCAUUUGCUCAGGCUCACCUGAAGGAGCUAAUUUUGAACACCAGCAGCUUGCUCUGUGACUGCCAGCUGCAGUGGCUGCCGCGGUGGCUCGCUGACAGCCAGCUGCAGGGGGCUGUGGACCUGAGCUGUGCUCACCCUGAGUGGCUGGCAGGACAGAGCCUUCUCAGUGUGGACCCUGAUGACUUCGUCUGUGAUAAUUUCCCAAAACCACAGAUAAGGGUGCACCCUGAGACCACGGUCGCUCUGCGAGGCAUGAAUGUGACUCUGACCUGCACUGCUGUCAGCAGCAGCGACUCGCCCAUGUCUCCCGCCUGGCGCAAGGACAGUGAAGUGCUCUAUGAUGCAGAGGUGGAGAACUUUGCCAGAUACCAGCAGCAAAGUGGAGAGGUGGUCGAGUAUACCACUGUCCUGCACCUUUUCAAUGUGAAUUUCACUGAUGAAGGGAAGUACCAGUGCAUCAUCACCAAUCACUUUGGCUCCAAUUAUUCCAACAAAGCCAAGCUGACUGUCAAUGAGCUACCUUCUUUCCUGAAAACCCCCAUGGAUCUCACUAUCCGCACUGGGGCGAUGGCCCGGCUGGAGUGUGCUGCAGAGGGCCACCCUACCCCUCAGAUCUCCUGGCAGAAAGAUGGUGGCACAGACUUCCCUGCUGCGAGAGAGAGGAGGAUGCAUGUCAUGCCUGAGGAUGAUGUGUUCUUUAUUGCAAACGUGAAAAUAGAAGACAUGGGAAUCUACAGCUGCAUGGCACAAAACAUUGCAGGGGGUUUGUCAGCCAACGCCACGCUGACUGUGUUGGAAACCCCUUCCUUCGUGAGGCCCCUGGAGGACAGGACAGUGACCCGCGGUGAAACCGCUGUCCUGCAGUGCAUAGCGGGGGGCAGCCCUGCCCCCCGCCUCAACUGGACCAAGGACGACGGCCCCUUGGCAGUCACCGAGCGGCACUUCUUUGCUGCAGCAAACCAGCUCCUGAUCAUUGUGGAUGCUGGGCUAGAGGAUGCUGGGAAGUACACGUGCAUUAUGUCCAACACACUGGGCACUGAGCGUGGCCACAUCUACCUGCACGUCCUGGCCGCCCCAAACUGUGACUCUUCCCAGAGUGGCAUCAUCCACGAGGAGGAUGGCUGGACAACGGUCGGCAUCGUGAUCAUCGUGGUGGUGUGCUGCGUGGUGGGAACAUCCCUGGUGUGGGUCAUUGUCAUCUACCACAUGAGGAGGAAGAGUGAGGAUUACAGCAUCACCAACACAGAGGAAAUGAACCUGCCUGCAGACAUUCCCAGCUACCUGUCCUCCCAAGGAACUCUGUCAGAGCCUCAGGAAGGCUACAGCAGCUCAGAGGCAGGAAGCCACCAGCAGCUGAUGCCUCCAGCCAGCAGCUACGUGCAUAAAGGCACGGAUGGUGGCACAGCACCCCUGGUGAUCUGCUCAGACUGUUACGACAACGCAAACAUCUACUCGAGGACACGAGAGUACUGUCCCUAUGCCUACAUCUCAGAAGAGGAUCCCCUGGAUCCGACUCUCCCUAACCUCAUGGUGCAGAUGCCUAAGGAAAUGUAUGCAGCACACACCCAGCAUGAAACCAGCACUCUUGAUAAUCUGUUAGCAGACAGAGACAUGUCUGUCUUCCUUACCAACCACGACAAAAUUAGUGAAAAGAAAGUCUCCUCCCAGCAGAUGAAUGAACCCUUUCAUCUUCCUUUAUGGGGGGUGAGCAAAGAGCUCGGCCUGUCCCACGCUCACUUCCUGCACCAGCCGCGGCGCGAGGGCAGCGCGGGGGAACCCGCCGCGUCACCCCGGCCCUGCCACGGGGCACGUGAGCACAGCUGUGACUGUCACCGGGCACGGAAUGCCCAUGACUACAGUGAAACCAUGUCAGACCCUAAAAUGAAGUCUUGAGAGCAGCUCCGUAUCGACUGACUUCUUGUAUUUACUACCUCAGGACUAGCCCCAAGGCCAAAGAUGCUCGUGUGCACGUGUCUGCAGUGACAGGCUGACUAAACUCAGCUGCACUCCCUAGGAGGAGGUGGCACAUGCCCUUUUUUCUUGGAUUUCUGCAUAUUGGAAAAUGGGAAUGUGCAGCACAACACAUGAAUGAUUAGUGAUACCCCCAAGGGUAGUGUUCAAAUAUGGAUUUUCUGAUGUUGGGAGCAGCCUUUGUGUUGGUGCAUGCUUUGAAAAUCUUUUAAGAAUGCACAGCUAUUUCACACUGCAUUGUCUGCUUCAAAACAAGUGUUCAGGGCCUCCUCAUGGAAUUCCCAGUAAUUGUAAGCAUAAAACUCUUGGCCAGCUUUUUGUUCUGUAGACUUUUGGCAGGCAUCUGUUACCAGUCUAACAUUGAGGCUUGCUUUCUCCUAUGAAUGAUGGACUCUACUUGUAAAUAAAUUUGCAUUUAUAAAUAUUUUGUAUACACUAAGCAUAUAAAAGUGUCGGCUGUAAUGUAAAUAUAUUUUUUAUUAUGCCAAAGUAUGUAUCAUACUGUUAGUCUUGACAGCUGCAUAUCAAGCCAUGUGAGGUGGUUUUGGUGGGACUGGAAGAUUGUUUCUGAGAGGAUAAAUAGAGCUGUCUUUGUUUUGGAAAGAAGUGAAUUUACUAUAGGUAUGUGGUGAAACUGUGAUAUUAAUGAGUUUUGUUAUUAUGUACAGCUCUGUGUGCAUUCAGCCUAGCUGAUCUGACUGCAGGUUGACCCAUUUCAUUACGUUAGCAGAAUUCCUAGUUUGGCCUGUUUGAAGUGUUGAGAGUCCUUCCAUCUCCAGGUCAGGUCUUUGCCCUUUCUGCAGAGCUCAUGGUGCUGAGCUGGGUUGGCCUGUUUCCAGGCCACCUCCCCAGAAGUUCUUGUAAAUAGCAAACAAAAAGAACAGUACAUAAAAUGUUACCUUCUGGUCAUCUGGUAAAAUAGCUGUAAGAUGAGAGUUUUGAGUGGUUUGUUUUCAUAAGUUUACCUAAGCUUUUAUCUUUAAAAAAAUACUUGGUGAACUAUACUGUGGAUUUUCUGGUUCCUCUUCACAGCUAAGAGGCAUAUGUAGUUUAAAACACUUGUGUCCUUUUCUGUCUUAUAUCAGGCAAAAUGGUUGCCCUGUUGAACACUAAUAGUUCCUUAGACCUCAUCAUGGCCAGUGUUUAUGUAUCUGACAGGUGAGAAAUGAAACAAUAUGCAGGGAACAACUGAGUGUAAAAACCUUGUACUUGCUUAAGACAGAGGAAACAAACUGUAUCAGUUACAGUGGAAUGUGCCUGGCAGAAUUAGGAGGAAGAACAACAUAAAGACUUCCUGCAAAGUAAAUUCUUCUGGGAAAAUGGGUGUGUGACUGAAGCAUCAGAUGCAGUCAUGCAGAACCACAGCUGAAACUUUUGAGACUGAAUUAUUUGAGAAAAUGAGAGAGGAAAUGCUGGGAAUAAUUAUUAUUUUCCCACAGGCAGAUCUAUGCAAAAGAGUAAAUAUUAUCAAGGGUUCUCACUGUGCUCUCAAAGCAACUGUGGUUACUUUGAUAGCCAGCAGCUUUAGUGGGAAGAGGAGCCAAUUGUCCUUGACCUUUGGAUAAAGUAAGAGAGAAACACAGGUGUGUUAAACUCUUUUGGGGCUCUGGCAUCUUAAAUGUUUUUCUAACAUACAUGCUAAAAGAAGAAUCUUAAGUUUAUUCCUCUCUGGUUUUAUUUCCUCCAGGCUUUUCCUUUCCAGAUAGUCUUUAAGACAUGGUGCUUCUUUUCAAUCCAAAGUUAUCUCUGUUGCAGGAACUCAGUACUGUCAGUUUAAAUCCAGAUGAAAAAGGUCAGGUCAUGAAACUACAGUAGCAAAGUCUCAUCCUUCUGGGCUGCUUGCUGUCUUCUCCAGACACUCACCCAGGCUGCUGUGGCUAAGUGCUUCUUGGCAUGUGCAGGGCCAUGACUUCCCACAGCACUCCUACUGCUGCUCUGUCUCCCACCACCAUUUAGCAAAGGCUGUUGCUUUUUCUUUCAUCCUUCCAAUGUCUGACAAUCCUUUCAGUGAAAAAGUUCUUCCUAAUGUCUAGUCUAAACCUCCCCUGGUGCAGCUUGAGGCCAUUUCUUCUUGUUCUAUCACCAGUUACUUGCCCCUACCUCUUUACCACCUCCUUUCAGCUAGUUGCAGAGGGUGAUGAGGUUCCCUCCUCAGACUAAACAGCUCCAGGUCCCUCAGCUGUUCCUCCUAAGACUUGUUCUCAAGGCCCUUCACCACCUUUGUUGCCCUUCCCUGAACACACUCCAGCACCUCGAUGUCCUUCUUGUGUUGAGGUGCCCAAAACUAGACACAGUAUUCAAGCUGUGGCCUCACCAAUGCUGAGUCCAGAGAUCACCUCCCUGCUCCUGCUGGCCAUACUAUUUCUAAUACAGGCCAGGAUGCCAUUGGCCUUCUUGGCCACCUGGGCACACUGCUGGCUUAUAUUCAGCACCCCCAGGUCCUUUUCUGCUGGACAGCUUUCCAGUUUCUUCAGUCAAUGCCAAAGUACUCACAGCACAGGAACUGGGGGUUCAUAAGACACCAUGAGCAAAGCUGCUCUUGUUCCCUGUUGCUGUUUCCUUGUGUCUAUUUAUAUUUUUCUCACAUAAGAAUGUAUAUUUUGUAUAGCAUGUGUAAUAUAUGUUUGUCUAUUGUAAUAUAACUUCAAUAAAAUGCUAUAUACAUUGA